CUAUUUCGUUCUUUCCAUAUUUUUGCAUCUUUUACACUUUUUUCCAAACAUGGACAGUUCUUUCCAUCUGUCAUUUUAUUUUUAAAGUUUCUUCUCGUACUACUUUUUAAGUCAUUCAUCUGGACUCGUAUAUUUUACAACUAAAUUUCCGUCUUUUGCCAGGAGGGAAUUUUUCAUUUCCCUAGAAAUUCACGCACCUAUCUAAUACGAGUUAAACUCUUGGACAAGUGGCGUCAUGUGGCUGUGCUAAGACAAAACACAACGCGAAAGUGAUAGGAUUAACCUACUUUUCUUUAUCAUUCCUUUGGAUUAUUGCCUCGAUUCUUGACAGGUUCUUCUCCUCGGCAUCCUCUGGAUGAAAUUGCCUUGGACAUUGAGAACAUGUGUGGCAUCCAUGGUGUAGUCUCCACGACUGCUAUACCAGACAUUUCACAAGAGUUGAAGAAGCUCUUGUCAAAUCGUGGACCCGACCACUUCGGCCAGGUCUCUCGCGAGCUUCCCUUUGAAAAUGGGAAUUCGCUAAUCCAUCUCAAUCUCACCUCUACUGUGCUAGCCUUACGGGGAGACCAUAUUGCAAAACAGCCGUUGGAAUCGCCUGCAACCGGGUCUGUCCUGUGCUGGAAUGGAGAGGCUUGGAGGAUUGAGGGUCAGCCCAUCAGUAGUAAAAAUGAUGGCGAACUUAUCUUAGCCAAGCUUGACGCCGCCGAUGCACCUUCGGCUGAGGCUAGAGAGUCGCAUAUUCUAAGCGUUCUGCGCAGCAUUGAUGGUCCGUUUGCCUUUUUAUUUUAUGAUACUCAGGAUAAGCGCCUUUACUUCGGUCGAGAUCGUCUUGGCCGACGAUCACUCCUAUUUAGCCAAGCCGAGGAUGGUGACUCGAUUUCUUUCUCGAGUAUCGCGGAUGUGCCUACUACCGGCUGGAAGGAGGUCAAUGCGGAUGGGAUAUAUUCCUUGAACCUCGCUACACGUCUUGCGACACCUAGUGGAAUGAAGCUUGACACUCAUCUCACCAGGUACGACUGGGUGACAUCAGGAGGGGAUAACAUGGUUUCAAGCAUUAGCAAUUUUAACAUGACGCUGCCGCCACCCGAUCACAAGCUGGACUUCAGUUCCUUCUCGGUCGAUCUUCUUAGAUACUGGCUAUGCGAAUCUCUCAAGCUGCGGGUUUUAGACAUUCCAGAGCCACCAAACCCGUUAUCUGACACCGACGUUCGCGUAGCGGUUCUUUUCUCUGGCGGACUCGAUAGUACCAUCCUCGCGAGGCUUACUCACGACUUAAUCCCUCCCGAUCAGGGAAUAGAUCUAAUCAACGUUGCUUUCGAAAACCCGCGCCAAGUCUCCGUAGAUAAAACACUCCCUCAUCUGGAUGCAAGAGACAUAUAUGAGGCAUGCCCGGAUAGGAAGACUGGCCGCAAAGCGUUUGCCGAACUGAAAACCACCUGCCCUACACGCUACUGGCGUUUCAUUGCGGUGAACGUUUCAUUUGAAGAAGCAAUGAGUCACAAGGCAAGAGUCGUUUCUCUCAUAUAUCCGCAUAGCACCGAGAUGGACUUAUCCAUUGCCCUCGCACUUUAUUUUUCUGCACGAGGUAUAGGCUACGUCUAUACAGAUAAGUGCGAGUGGCAGCCAAAUCCGCCAAGCGUUACCUCGCCCGCUAGAGUCUUACUUUCUGGUCUUGGCGCAGAUGAACUCUUCGGUGGUUAUUCACGGCACGAGAUAGCGUUCAAGGCUGGUGGAUACCCCCGCCUUCUUGAUGAGUUAAAGCUAGACAUAGGUCGUAUCGGACAGAGAAAUCUAGGCCGCGACGACCGGGCCAUGGCCCACUGGGGUAAGGAGAUUCGCCAUCCUUUCUUAGAUGAGGAACUUGUCAGGUUUGCUAUCAGCACCCCGGUGUGGGAGAAAUGUGACUUUCAGAACCAGUUUCAUCCAGCCGUUAUUGACCCUGCCAAACGAGUAUUGAGGCUCAUGGCCGAUAAGCUCGGCCUAUCCGUAAUUUCCAGGGAAAAGAAAAGAGCGAUUCAAUUCGGCUCAAGGACAGCAAAGAUCGAAAGCCGUACCGGCAAGCGCCGGGGCACCGCAGCGAUUACUGAACUUGUAUAGCCCUGUCGCUCAUUGACAUAAGAAGCGAGUAGAGUUAGAUGCUCUGGUGAUGAUGAUUAUAUCAGAUACUUCCGAGUUGGGUUCCAGUUCAAAUCUCAUCAUGCGUGUUUCUGCAUUGACAGUAACCCUCUUGGGAUUUGGAAUAUUGGCCUAUCACCGACAAUGACGUCUUAAAGGCAUGUCUGAGCCAGAGCUUUCUCUAUUUGAUAUCUUACUAAGGAAUUAGAUAACAGGCAGGAAUAAUCGCGAUACGGGCAUACGUAUUUCGUUGCGUAGUGGGCUUGUCCUAGAUAGCGUUUAACUAUACCUAAUAUAUAUAUAAACCCCUUAA